AGUAGAAUUUCAUGGUUGCAACAUCUUGCGCGUAAGUUUCCACACCCUAGAAAGUGGGUGACUCUCUUUUUGAGACUCGGUAUAUAAAUGCUGAAAUUGGUCGGGUUUAAGGCAUCAGUUAUCCACCUGCUUCCAACCUCACAACAACUUACAACAUGCAGUUCCUUAUCCUCGCCGCCGUCGUUGCCAUCGCCUCUGCCAACACCGGAUACCCGGCUCCAUCUUAUCCAGCCCCCGGGUACCCUGCCCCAGCGUACAAACCCGAAUCUUACCCACCACAGCCGUACAGCUUUGCUUGGGAAGUGAAUGAUGCCCCAUCAUACAACAACUACGCCCAUUCCGAGAGCAGCGAUGGCAAGGUGACUACCGGAUCUUACCGUGUUGCCCUGCCCGAUGGCCGCACUCAGAUUGUAACCUACAAGGCUGACAGUUAUGGUUACGUCGCUGAUGUCAAAUACGAGGGACAGGCCAAAUACCCCGAAUACAAACCAGCUUCUUCUUAUCCUGCCCCAGCUUACAAAGCUCCAUCUUAUCCAGCGCCUGCCUACCCUGCUCCUGCCUACCCUGCCCCUGCCUAUCCUGCCCCUGCCUACCCUGCCCCUGCCUACAAGGCUCCAGCUAAAUACUAAAAGGCUAAAGCAGUUUGAUUAUCGAAGAGAUAUAUAAAAUUUCCUAUUCGCAUGCAAUUGUAAAUUAUCAAUCUGUUAUUUGUACGAAACAAAUACAAUCCGUAUCAGACGCCUA